AUGACCUUGAGCAGAGGUUUCUUGACCACCACAAACAAGGAAGGCUACGACAGGCGGCCAGUGGACACAACUCCUUUAGAACAAAGGAAGUUAACUUUUGAUACUCAUGCAUUGGUUCAGGACUUGGAAACUAAUGGAUUUGACAAAGCACAAGCAGAAACAAUUGUAUCAGCAUUAACCACGUUAUCAAAUGUCAGCCUGGAUACUAUAUAUAAGGAGAUGGUCACUCAAGCUCAACAGGAAAUAACAGUACAACAGUUAAUGGCUCAUUUGGAUUCUAUCAGGAAAGAUAUGGUCAUCCUAGAAAAAAGUGAAUUUGCAAAUCUAAGAGCAGAGAAUGAGAAAAUGCAAAUUGAAUUGGACGAGGUUAAGCAACAACUAAUGCAUGAAACUAGUCAAAUCAGAGCAGAUAAUAAAUUGGACAUCAACCUUGAAAGGAGCAGAGUAACAGAGAUGUUUACAGAUCAAGAAAAGCAACUUACGGAAGCAACCACAGAAUUUACCAGAAAGGAUACUCAAACCAAAAGUGUUAUUUCGGAGAUCAGCAAUAAAAUUGACACUGAAAUUGCUUCCUUAAAAACACUGAUGGAAUCUAACAAACUUGAGACAAUCCGUUACCUUGCAGCAUCAGUGUUUACUUGCCUGGCAAUAUCAUUGGGAUUUUAUAGAAUCAGGAAGUACUACUAACGCUCCUCUGCUGCUGCCAUCGACUUCUUUGAACACUAAGCCAGAACAGAUUUUCUUUGAACAUUAUCACUUGUACCAGAAACUUACCACAAGAUUAUUCAAAGUGUAUGUUGACUAAAGAGAAAUAUUUUAGAAUGGGAAGAGGUAUUUUGUUGGUAUUUCAUGUGUGUAUUUUAUUACGUUGAAAAGCUGUCAUUCCCACC